AGCUAGUGUGUUUCGGAAUACAUGUCCUAUUACUAGAACACCGGCUGUGUGUGGCAGGGCCUAGGAAGUGAAUCAUUGUUGCUGACACAUCAUCACAAUCGAUUCUAGUCAUUUCUGGAGGAUCAAAAGAGAAGGAUGGAAAGGGAACAUUUACAUUGCGACGCCAAGAUGUUACUUGUACUUAUAUCAGUACUGACCUUUCUGCCGUUCUCGCUGCCUCAUGGAUCAGCACAUUCACGAGGGGGCGUUCUUGACCAAAGAAUGGUCGAAGAUGCGGAACAUUUACAGUAUCAUCUCCGGGAGAAAGGAAUAAAAGCAGAUGCUGAAAAUAUGUCCGAGGAUGAACACCUCUUCUAUUUCUUCACUCUCCAUGAUCAUGAUAACAGUAGCUCCAUCGAUGGCCUCGAGUUGUACAAAGGAUCGAAUCAUCACAUGUAUGAGAUGUCGGAAAAUAAAGAAGCGAAAAUAUCAGACGAGGAAUUGCGGAAAAUAGAUGAAGACAACAUAGCUGAAGUUGACCAACGACUAAGAGAAUUUGACAGCAACAAAGAUGGUUUUAUAACCUGGCCAGAACUUUACAUCAGAGUGAAACAAGAAUGGGCAAAACGUAAUAAGGAAGAAGCCGCCCAGAAAGCUGCGGAGAAAAUGUGAAGUAAGGACUCAGAGCGGAAGGACUGGACAAACGCUUUUCGAAACUUUUUUACUGUAGGGAGAGGCAAGUUGGAUGGAUCAGCAUGACAUUCACAAUAACACCUGUUUUUGUAAUUUGUAUUGAUGCAGAAUAAAACCUGGCAAAGCAUAAUUUGUUUAGUUUUUGGUGAUUUAUCAAAUAAAGUACUCAUCGGAUUUC